GGAACAGGAAGAGGCGGGCAGCUGCAGCUGGAUCACAAACCGAGUUUCUCUCAUCUAAAGCUGAUCAGCAGGAGGAGAAGAGUCUGAUGGAGCAGCGGAGGAACAUUUUCAUCUGUUUGGACUCAGCUCAGCCACUACAGAGGAAAUGAUGAGCUCAACAGUGAUGGACCAACAUGGAGCGAGAAGUCAGCGCUCUCAGGAGGCCGACACACCUCACAGAAGAAAGGGAGAGAAAAAAUACAGCUGUGAUGAGUGUGGGAUGACUUUUACUCGGAAGUAUUUUCUAGAAAGACAUGAAGUCAUCCACACGGGAGAGAGACCGUUCAGAUGUGACUUGUGUGGGAAUUCUUUUACCCAGCCUGGAAACUUAAAAGCACACCAGGUCAUUCACAGUGGAGUUAAAGCGUACAGCUGUGAUGAAUGUGGAAAGGGUUUCACCCGGAAAGAAGGCUUGGUAAAGCAUAAGCUCAUCCACAGAGGAGUUAAACCUUACAGCUGUGAUCAGUGUGGCAGAGCUUUUACUCAAAGUAGUAGCUUGAGGAAACAUCAGGUUUCCCACUCUGGUAUUAAGGCAUACAGCUGUGACAUCUGUGAAAAAACUUUCAGCCACAUAGAAAAUCGAAAUAAACACCAGCGUAUUCACACCGGACAGGAUGUUUAUUGCUGUGAACAGUGUGGCAAACUGUUUGUAAGAUACAAACAAUUACAAAUCCACAGGUUUACCCACACCAAGGAGAGACCUUAUAAAUGUGACCUGUGUGAGAAGACUUUUAAAGCACAGAGUUCUGUAAAAGUCCACCAACAGAUUCACACCAGACAGAAACUCUACAAGUGCAGUUACUGUGAGGGGUAG